AUGGACUUUGACCCACUUAAAUUGAAGAGAUUCGGGGAUAAAAACUACAAGACUCUGAUGGGCUUAGCAGCAGCUGCAGUCGGUUUUCUUGCUUUAGCGAUUGUGUUUUUAAUUAUUUCCUCAGUAUCAGGCAGCGCGCAAGGCUCAGCUAACAGAGAAAUAUCUGUAAGCAUCAUAUAGAACUGGAAUAAACAGAGCUAUGCAGAGGCUUUGAAUAAGGUUCAUGCAUUUUUCUUGCAAAAAUUAACUUUUUUUUUUUUUAUCUUCAUUGAAAAUUAGGUUUUUUGUCAAACUUUAUAUAAAUUAGACUUUACCUUUGCAUAAUAUUACACUAAAGCUUAAAGUUAUUCCAAGCCAAGGCCACGGAGUCGUUGAGUUCAUGAAUUGGACAAAUACCGAAGAGGAGUCUUACCAAAAAGAAAUAGGUAAGUCCAUAAUUACUAUAUUAAUAUUAGCUAUAAAUAUACGAGAAGCUCUCUGUGAUGCCUAAAGAGUAUUUAUCUCCAAUAAUUUGCGACUUCCUGGCGUCUGCCUAUCGGCUAUACUCCUCCAGAAAUGUAGAGUGUAGCGGGAUGGGCCAUCUGCCUCACGCUAACAGAGCUGCCUUUCUGGUGAGUUUUCGAUCAAGAUUUAAUUUCUUAGCCCAGGAUGCAAUCCUGGCAUCGCGCUAGAGAUGUGCCCAUUGGUGACUGGAGACUAGAUCCUAUGGCCUUUCAACCCUGAAUUUGCUGAGUUUCCCUUUUCAAACUUCGAAUUCCAUUUUUCUCUGUGUAGAACCUCGACCUAUAAUGAGCUGCUGUUGGCAAAAUCCGACAUUAAGCCUGACCGAACCACAUUUCUUACGCUAUCCUCCCUUCCUCAAGAUCUCUGAUCUCCCCCGCUAUAGGUGAUAAGAGAGUGGGUUAACUCACCACGCCAUAUUAAUGUAUAUAAGGUAAGUCCAUAACCAAAUACGACGUCUCUUAUCACGAAUAUACAGCUGACACCUCACUAAAGUUUUCUACACUUGCUUUUAACGAAGAUGUAGUCCCAGUAGGAGAUGCCCAGUCUAAAUGCGUCUAUGUUGAGUGGGCUCCAUCUUUCGAUAAAAAUAAAAUCGUUGGGCUAUUUUUAUUUUUAAUUAAAAAGAUUUUUUUCCUAAAAAUUAAAAUUUUUUUAAAAAAUUUAAAAAUCAUUGCAUUCAAGCCACUUGAAAACAUGCCAAACUGUUCUCAUGCCGGCAAAGGAGGGAUGUGGAAUGACAAUGAUCCAAAAGUUGGCAUUGACGUAUCAAAUUGGUGGCAAAAUGAAAUUGAGCUCAGCUGCUCAGGAAAAGGAUGCCAAGAAACCUGCAAGAAAAAGAAUGGAGUAUGGGUUUGGAAAAAUGACGAAGGAAGCGGCGUUUGCUUUACUUAUGACAUCUUAGAAUCAAUCUGUUUAAAGAUGAAAAAUAACGUCGAUAUUUUUGGAAAAUCCCAUUGGGCUUAUGCAGGUGGCUGCUAUCAAGAUAAUCAACCAGGGAAAUACGAGACUGGGAAACCAGGGGAAACUUAUCAUUUUGCUAGCGUGGAUAUUGAGGUUAGAGGAGAAAACGACCCUUAUAUCGCACUUUUAGAUUCCUCAGGAAAUGAAGCUAAAAUUUCUCAUUCGUCUGGAAUUGCAUCUAGCUUAGCAUGGAUUAUGCUAGUUGGCUUCAUUGGCAGUGUAGGAGCAUUUGGAUUUUUAUUCUUCAAACUAAAGAAAGAAGAAGCGCCAUACGCAGAAUCAGCUUAA